CGGCGCGGCGGCACCUGAGCGUCUGCGGCGGCGGCGGCGGCGGCGGCGGCGCCUCCGAGUGGGCAGCCCGGGCUGCGGUGUGGGCGCCGCCGCGUCUUCCCGGUGUCCUCUCCCGGCCGCGCAGGGUUUUAUAGGUUCAUGUUAACAAAAGCACCAUGGAGUUUUAUGAAUCAACAUAUUUUAUUGCCCUUAUUCCUUCAGUAGUUAUUACAGUAAUUUUCCUCUUCUUCUGGCUUUUCAUGAAAGAAACGUUAUAUGAUGAAGUUCUUGCAAAACAGAAAAGAGAACAGAAGCUUAUUCCUACAAAAACUGAUAAAAAGAAGGCAGAGAAGAAAAAAAAUAAAAAGAAAGAAAUUCAGAAUGGCACCCUGCACGAAUCUGAUUCUGAGAAUGUACCUCGAGACUUUAAAUUAUCUGAUGCUUUGGCUGUAGAUGAUGAACAAGUUGUACCUGUUCCAUUGAAUGUGGUUGAAACUUCAAGUGGUGUUAGGGAAAGAAAGAAGAAGGAAAAGAAACAAAAACCUUUGCUUGAGGAGCAGGCCAUCAAAGAUAUUGAUGCAUCAAAGAUUCCUGGCAAAAAAAUAGAACCUGUCCCAGUUAUAAAACAGCCUACCCCGCCCUCUGAAGCAUCUGUCUCAAAGAAGAAACCAGGGCAGAAGAAGUCUAAAAAUGGAAGCGAUGACCUGGAGAAAAAGGUAGACACGCUCAUGGCACCUUCAAAAAAGCAAGAAGUAUUACCCUUCCAUCAAGAGAUUAAGCAAGAAGGUGGAUCAGGAAAGAAGAAACUUUCAUCAAAGAAACAGAAGGCAGAAAAUGUGUUGGUAGAUGAACCCCUUAUUCAUGCAACUACUUAUAUUCCUUUGAUGGAUAAUACUAACUCAAAUCUUGUGAUGGAUAAGAGAGAAGUUACUGAUCUGAUUAAACCUGACCAAGUGGAAGGGAUCCAGAAAUCUGGGGCUAAAAAACUGAAGAUUGAAACUGACAAAGAAAAUGCUGAAGUAAAAUUUAAAGAUUUUCUUCUGUCCUUGAAGACUAUGAUGUUUUCCGAAGAUGAGGCUCUUUGUGUUGUAGACUUGCUGAAAGAGAAGUCAGGUGUGAUACAAGAUGCUUUAAAGAAGUCAAGUAAAGGAGAAUUGACUGCACUUCUGCAUCAGCUUCAGGAAAAGGACAAAUUGCUUGCUGCUCUAAAGGAAGAUGGUGCUGCAGCAAAGGAUCGCUGUAAACAGUUAACCCAGGAGCUGAUGACAGAGAAAGAAAGAAGCAAUGUGGUUAUGGCAAGGAUGAAAGAUCGGAUUGGAACAUUAGAAAAGGAACAUAAUGUAUUUCAAAACAAGAUGCAUGUCAGUUAUCAAGAGACUCAACAGAUACAGAUGAAGUUUCAACAAGUUCGAGAGCAGAUGGAAGCAGAGAUAGCUCACUUGAAGCAGGAAAAUGGUAUAUUGAGAGAUGCAGUCAGCAAUACUACAAACCAGCUGGAAAGCAAGCAGUCUGCAGAACUAAAUAAACUACGCCAGGAUUAUGCUAGGUUGGUAAAUGAGCUGACUGAGAAAACAGGAAAGCUACAGCAAGAGGAAGUUCAAAAGAAGAAUGCUGAGCAAGCGGUCACCCAGUUGAAGGUUCAAUUACAAGAAGCUGAGAGGAGAUGGGAUGAAGUUCAAAGCUACAUUAGGAAACGAACAGCAGAGCAUGAGGCAGCACAGCAAGAUUUGCAGAGUAAAUUUGUGGCCAAAGAAAAUGAAGUGCAGAGUCUGCAUAGCAAGCUUACAGAUACCUUGGUAUCAAAGCAACAGUUGGAGCAAAGACUAAUGCAGCUAAUGGAAUCAGAGCAAAAAAGAGUGAACAAAGAAGAGUCUCUACAAAUGCAAGUUCAGGAUAUUUUGGAGCAGAAUGAAGCUUUGAAAGCUCAAAUUCAGCAAUUCCAUUCCCAGAUAGCAGCUCAGACCUCUGCUUCAGUUCUAGCAGAAGAAUUGCAUAAAGUGAUUGCAGAAAAGGAUAAGCAGAUAAAACAGACUGAAGAUUCUUUAGCAAAUGAACAUGAUCACUUAACAAGUAAAGAGGAGGAGCUUAAGAAUAUACAAAAUAUGAAUUUUUUAUUAAAAGCCGAAGUGCAGAAAUUACAGGCCCUGACAAAUGAACAGGCUGCAACUGCACAUGAGUUGGAGAAGAUUCAAAAAAGUAUUCACAUUAAAGAUGAUAAAAUAAGAUUGCUUGAAGAACAGCUACAAUGUGAGAUUUCAAACAAAAUGGAAGAAUUUAAGAUUCUAAAUGACCAAAACAAAACAUUAAAAUUAGAAGUACAGAAGCUACAGACUCUUGUUUCUGAGCAGCCUAAUCAAGAUGUUGUGGAACAAAUGGAGAAAUGCAUUCAAGAGAAAGAUGAGAAGUUAAAGACUGUAGAAGAAUUACUUGAAGCUGGACUUAUUCAGGUGGCCACUAAAGAGGAGGAACUGAAUGCUCUAAGAACAGAAAAUUCAACCCUGAUGGAAGAAGUUCAAGCUUUAAAGGCUAAGCAAAAUGAUCAGGUUUCUUUUGCAUCUGUAGUUGAAGAACUUAAGAAAGUGAUCCAUGAGAAGGAUGGAAAGAUCAAGACUGUAGAAGAGCUUCUGGAAGUUGAACUUCUCAAAGUUGCUAAUAAAGAGAAAACUAUUCAGGAUUUGAAACAGGAAAUAGAGGCUCUAAAAGAAGAAAUAGGAAAUGUCCAGCUUGAAAAGGCUCAACAGUUAUCUAUCACUUCUCAAGUUCAGGAGCUUCAGAAUUUAUUAAGAGGAAAGGAGGAACAGAUGAAUACUAUGAAGACUAUUUUAGAAGAGAAGGAGAAAGAUCUGGCGAGUAGGGGGAAAUGGCUGCAGGAUCUUCAAGAAGAAAAUGAAUCUUUAAAGGCUCAUAUUCAGGAAGCAGCACAAUAUAACUUGCAAGAGGCAUGUUCUGCAUCACGAUUUGAAGAACUUGAAGUUGUGUUGAAAGAAAAGGAAAAUGAAAUGAAGAGAAUAGAAGCUAUGUUAAAUGAGAAGGAGAGUGAUCUUUCUAGCAAAACACAGCUGUUGCAGGAGAUACAAGAUGAAAAUCAACUGCUUAAAUCUCAAAUUGAACAGAUUAAGCAGGAGAACUACCAACAGGCUCCUUCUUUUCCCCCUCACGAAGAAUUACUAAAAGUGAUUUCAGAGAGAGAAAAUGAAAUAAUUGGGCUCCAGAAUGAGUUAGCGUCCUUGAAGAAUGCUGUUGAACACCAGAGAAAGAAAAACAAUGACCUUCGGGAGAAAAACUGGGAAGCAAUGGAAGCAUUGGCAUCAACUGAAAAAUUGCUGCAGGACAAAGUGAACAAGACUUCCAAGGAAAGUCAACAACAUAUACAGUCUGUUGAAUUGGAGGCUAAAGAAGUUCUCAGAAAAUUAUUUCCAAAAGUAUCUGUGCCUUCUAAUUUGAGUUACAGUGAAUGGUUACAUGGAUUUGAAAAGAAGGCAAAAGAAUGUAUAGCUGGAACUUCAGGUUCAGAGGAGUUUAAGGUUCUAGAGCACAAAUUGAAAGAAGCAGACGAAAUGCAUACAUUGUUACAGCUAGAAUGUGAAAAAUAUAAAUCCGUCCUUGCAGAAACAGAAGGAAUUUUACAGAAGCUGCAAAGAAGUGUUGAACAAGAAGAAAAUAAAUGGAAGGUGAAGGUUGAUGAAUCACAGGAGACUAUUAAGCAGAUGCAGUCAUCAUUCACAUCUUCAGAGCAAGAGCUAGAGCGAUUAAGAAGAGAAAAUAAGGAUAUUGAAAAUCUGAGAAGAGAACGAGAGCAUUUGGAAAUGGAACUAGAGAAGGCAGAAAUUGAACGAUCUACCUAUGUUUCAGAAGUCAGAGAGCUGAAAGAUCUGUUGACUGAAUUGCAGAAAAAACUUGAUGAUUCAUAUUCUGAAGCAGUAAGACAGAAUGAAGAGCUUAAUUUGCUGAAGACACAGUUAAAUGAAACACAUUCAAAACUUAGAACUGAACAAAGUGAAAGACAGAGGGUAGCUGGUGAUUUACAUAAGGCUCAACAGUCUCUAGAUCUUAUCCAGUCAAAAAUAGAAAAAGCUGCUGGAGACACUACUGUUAUUAAUAAUAGUGAUGUUCCCCCAGAUUCGGAGUCUUCUGAGAAGGAAACAAUGUUUUUAAGUCUUAAUCAAACUCUAACACAGUUACGGCAGUUGCUUCAGAAAGUAAACCAACAGCUCAUAAAGGAGGAAUAACAACACUUACCAGGUCUUGGAGUGAAGUUAUUUGAAAACUGUUCAAGGAUAACUGAAGGCAUUGUAUUAUAUUUUGCCAAAUUAAAGCCUUAUUUAUGUUUUCACCCUUUCUACUUUGUCAGAAACACUGAACAGGUUUUGUCUUUUCUAAUCCUUGUUAGACUACUGAUUUAAAGAGGAAAAAAAAACCUAAAAAAAAGUCAACUCUGUAGACACCUUCAGAGUUUAGUUUUAUAAUAAAACUGUUUGAAUAAUUAGACCUUUACAUUCCUAAAGAAAAAUAAACAUGUAAACUUUACAUUAUUUUACUCAAUGAAAUUGUUGAGAAGAUCAAAGUGGUCAAAACAACAUAAAAUUUAACAUUUUAAUACUGAUAUUGUACACUGUUUUACUUAAUACUUUGGGUAGUAACUGCCUCCGACAUCAAGGAAAACACUUUUGUUGCUAAUGAAAUCAGUUUUUGUAAUGGCAGUCAACAAAUAAAGGGACACUUAUUAUUCAAA